AUGCAAGUUCGAAUUUUAAUGAUAGUUGCAAUAAACUUUUUCCUGCUCUUUGAUUAAAUUCAUUGCCUAUAAAAAUGCUUUGACUGGAAAUACCCUAGAAGCUUUAAUGAUUCUACUGGGAACUCGUUUCUAAUAAAUAUGGAUUUAGAUGGCAGUCAAAAUAUCAUUAUCCUUGGAAUGACUAAUAUGAGUUCGCUAGGCCUUCCUUUACCCACAGCUAAAUAACACAUUUAUUACUAAUAUGCUAGUGCUGAUGGAAAAAAUGAUUGGGUUCGUGUUCUCAAUAAACCUUCACACAAAGUACCAAUAUCUAUUAAAUUUCAAUAAUCCAGUAAUUCAUCCUAAAAAGCAAUGCUUGUUGCUGAGUUUGAUGGAGAUCCAAGUUACGGGGUCAUGCAUAUCAUUAUGAUAAAUACAACUAAUGGGGAAAUAAUGGCAGUAUUCAAAGAUAACACUGAUGCAGGUAAUGUUUAUUACAUCCUAGAUGAAAAAAAUUCAGUAAUUUUCGACUCUUUAGGAAUGAUCUACAUGGGUAUCUCAGUAAAUAAUUAUCCUGUAUUGGUUAAAUAUGAUUUCAAUAAUCUAAAUCAAGUGUCUUUAAUGUGGAAAAAAGAAUUUAGGCUAACAACCAUUACAUCUAUGAUGGAAGUUUCAAAUACUCAUUCACAUUUAAUAUUACUAGAUCUUAUUUACUAAAUAUAUACCAAGCAAUGGCUUCCAUUACUUCAAAUGAAUAAGAUUUCAUAUUCGGCAUAAAUGGGAUUUAUUCUCAGAUUCACACUAAUGUUGAGACCUUAAAAUCAUUUCAGAAACAAGUUUUUACUCAUUCCUAAUAAAAUAAAAGUACUCACUUUUAAAAAUGUUUCGAUUAUGAAUGAUGGUUUGUUCUUGAAAGACUUAGAAUUAGUGUUUGGAGGAUACACUUUUUAGACAUUGAAUUCACGGACAACAUACACUUCUAUCAUUUAAAUAUCAGAUACUUCAUAAUCAUGCAGCCCUUUUAACGUCGAUCCUGUAUCAAGCAAUUAAACUUAACUUAUUGAACAUUCAACAAAAUACACAUACUUACCAUUACCUGCUACUGUUUCAAGUGAUAUCCAAAUCAUACUUUUAGUUGUAAUGGAUAUAUAAGGCAUUAAAAUUGAUAUAUCAAAGUACAGCACUAACUAUAAUAAAUUAUGCAAUUAAAUACCAAGUUUAUGGACUCUGAGCAAUCAGACAACAAUAGUAGAAUUUUAGCCAAUUUAACUAUAAAAUUUUAGCAAAAAUGUAUCGACAUAUUUCUCAGGAGAUGAAGUUUGUCUAGAUAAAUCAAGAAAGAUUUCUGUGAAUCCUCAAAACUAAAAUUAAAUACAACUUAAUUUUGAUGGCAAGGAUUUGCUUAGCUUACCUAAUUCAUAAUUUACUAUAAACUCUUCUAAUUACAAUAUAGAAUGCACAUAUCCUUCAGGAUAAACUAAUUCAUUCAUUCUCUCAUUAUAGUUCAUUGACUGUAAAGUCUAUUUAGACCCUGGUAUCAACUAAAAUCUAACCUACAAUAUUGGGGAGGAAGAACUCUUAAUAGAUUUAAAUAUGUUCACAGCCAAUUAAAAUUGUCCUUAUCCAAACUCAAUAAAUAUUACUAUUAUCCCAGAACUUCCAAAGCAAUCAACUAUUUCUAAAUCUCAAGAUAACAAAUUAACAAUAUUUGAAAUGGAUACAAACUAAACAGGCCAAUAUCAGAUAUUGAUAUAAUACAUUAGCUUAUUUUAGUCUAUGAGUUACUACACAAACUAUAGCUUUUACUUGGACAUAAAGUGCCUGCCUUAAACUCUAUCAUUUAUAUACAAUGGGCCAUUUGAGUUUAUUUUAUCAGGCUAAAAAAUAGAAUACAUUGAUCUAAGCUCAUUAAAAUUCAUCAGCAACUGCAAAAUUUAAAAUUUAACAUUAACAGCUGUAUUAAAUCAUAAUUAAACUUUGCCCUAAAUUUUCAGCUUUAAUCCUCAAACCUAAAACUUGUCAGUAGAUUCAACUAAUAAAGAAUAUCAUAGUAAAGAUUAUAUAGUUGUCAUAAAAGCUUAAACUAAUGUAGACUCUGAUGUUAUCAUCAAUGAUACAUUCAAGAUUGGUAUAAAGAUUCAGCCGAAUUCUAGCAAUGUUAUUUCAUCAACCAAUAAUUCUAAGAGUAAUAAUAUGCCAACUUUCAAGUAUAAUCCUUAUGAUAUUAAAGCUAUAGUUGAUCAGACCUAAUACAUUAAACUUCCAAAAAUAUAUGAUUUAGAAAAAAAUAAAGUAACUAUCUCACUUUUCCAUGAUCUAUCUAACUAAUCUCUAUACUUAAUAAAGGAUACAAUAGUUGUGAAUACAACAAACAGUGAUAUUGGAAACCAUAAGAUAUAGAUAAUUCUAAUGGAUGAUGGAUUUCCUCCAAAGUCCAACCAAUAUAAAGUGAACAUCAAAAUAAGUCAGUCGAAUUUAAAGCAAAUUUAUAAUCCUUCAGAAACUAUAAAAUAAUAUUCAAAUUAGUUUAAAGCAUUCCUCUUAAACAUAAACUAGAUAGGAGAGGUUUAAAUCAUAGAAAAUUAAGAUUUAAAUUUCAAUUAAACUACAAAGACUUUCAAAGAAAUUGAAAUUAAAGCAUGGCUAAUAUAAGAUUAAUAUUUAAUAUUUAACGAGAAUAGUUAAUCAAUAAUCUUAAUCGAAAAUCUCACAAUAUAUUAGUAUGAAAGUAAAAUAAUCAGCAUUAACCUAAACUUUGAAAAUCCUGAAACAAUCUCUACUGAUAAAGAUGUAAAAUUUAAUCAUUAAUUUAUAAUACCCUAAUAGGAGAGUGACUACAUACUUUUUAAGAUUUAUUAUAAAGAUUCAAAAAAUGAUUAGUUAGUAGAUAUGCAUGAUUAUGGAGGUGCUACUUACAUUACAAUUAAACUCCCCCCUUAAGUUAAUGAUGGUAAUUACUAAUAAAUUUAAUAUAAAAUGAAGCUAAAAUACUUGAAAUAAAGGGUGAAGUAGUUUCUAAAAUAGUAAUAGCAACCAUUUAUAUUGGCUUGA